CUCCAAGGUGAGAUCAGCUGGGUGUAAAACCAGCAUGCAGAUGAGUUUUGUCAAAUUUGAGCUUUCUUGCAUUUACUCUAUUAGCUACAGAAAGAUUGUCUAAGAGCGAUGUUGGCCCUAAGAAAACUACUAAACAAGCCCAAGCUAGAGGAGGGCAGUCUUCUCUCUCUAUUUUACUACUGCGAUGUGGCUGUCAAUACUCAAAUGGAGGAGCUGAACAGACUCAUGAGGACCUCCCCCGACAACUUGGACAGAAGGUCGACUCUGAUCCAGCACUUGAAGGAGUCUCAACACAACCUAAUGACAGUCAUCAUGAAUAUUAUGGAUGAGGCCAUUCCACAGAGGAGAGCUUCACGAGACUUCAGAGCAAAGUACCCCGAUGAUGUGUUACUGGAUCAAAUUAGUGGUCCAAUCUGGUUUGGAGCAGAGUGCAUAGCAGCAGGCUCCCAUAUUGCAAAUCACGAGUUGGAGUCCAUUGAGUUGAGACCAUACGCCAUUCACAUCUCCAAGAGCAUGUCCAAAGUUAGGAGUGCACUGAGAGAACAGUGCUUCCUCAACAGAGCUGUGUACACAGACAGGCUGAAAGACAGGCUUCAAAGCUUUGACGAACUCUGGGCCGAUUUUGAAUUCAGGUAUGUGGGUCUAAUGUGCAACGUCAAGUCAGAGCUUCAGUACCUGCACCAGCAAGACGUGGUGGUCCUGUUCUGUGAAUCAACACUAAGGGCCAUUAAACUGAAGUACCUGACGUACUCCAUGAUUGAGAUGAUGGACCCCAGUGCCAUGUUUGCUAUACCCCGACUGGCAAUAUUCUGUGGUCUGGUGGUGUACCCUGACGGACCUUUGGAUCCCUCACGGGCACAGAAGGAUAUGCCUCCAUUUUUCAGGGCUUACAGACAACUACUCACCAGAAUCAAAGAGCUGUUGGGGCACUUGAAUGAGGAGCAGCUGGCCAUACUAGAGAAAGCAUUGUGCAGUGCGGAAGGACUUGGAACACUCAAGAGGAACGCAGCCAAAAAAAACCCAUCGAAAAAAGUACCCCAGGCCGCUUCACCAAACACCGUGUCAGAUGCUAGCAGAGAGACUACACCAGAAUCAGUAGAACAGUCCUAUAGUCUGGACUCAAGGGACACCACCACCACCGUGUUUGAGCCUGCUCCAGUCAACAGCGAACAAGAUAAGGAGCAACACGACGACGGUGCACACGCCACCUCCAUGUUGGUUACCGAGGAGACACCGUUUCCACGACUCGGAGAUCAUGAGCCAAUUCCCAACGACCUGCCCUCAUCUUCAACCCCCCUCCCCACCCUGGAGGCCGCUGCUGUCAGCCAACUAGCCCCCCAGAUAGCAUCUAGCCCUGCAACAAAAUCUAAAAGUGGCAAGAAGAGACAUUCCGGCCCUGCUGGCUUCCCUAGUGCAGAGGAUCUGAUGCACAGACUGUUUCUUGGAAUAUCAGGAGUUGCAGAUCAACUGCAGACAAACCACGCGAGAGAUUUGCGAGUGAUUCUGAAGCACGUGUUUACCGGAUGUCAGGAGCCGGAUGACGAGUUUGUGGAGGUGGGCAGACUGGAGGAGUGUGUGAGGGCGGAGCCUUGCACCCCCGAGCCUGAGUCCCCUCUCAUCACUGCAUCACAGAGGUUCAGUUUCACUUUGGCUAGUAUGAGGGGUGAUGAGAGUAGUCCUAACUGGGUACCAGACUCGGAUGCUGCCAGCUGCUCUGGUUGUGUGGAGAGGUUCUCCUGGAGGAAGAGAAGACACCACUGCAGAAACUGUGGAAAGAUUGUGUGCUCUCGAUGUUCACGUCACAGUCUCCCUUUACCCCACUACGGAAUCACAAAGCCAGUACGAGUUUGUACCGGGUGUUACAUCAGCAAACUGGGGGAGGUCUCCCGACAAAUCACGCCUCUCUCUCAAUCCAUGCACGUCCAAUAAGCUGGCACAAACUUUGAACUGACCAAAUUACUUAUCAGCAUCAAUACUCAUCUCAUUGAUUAAUUAAUUGUCCCACAUCACAAUUCAGCAAAACCCAAAUUUAUUUGUCGUUCACAAAUAAUAUUCAACACAAAUUUUAUUGA